AUGGGAACUAAACAGAAACGACAAGGUCUAUUAAGAAGACCGCAUACAAUAUCGGGAGAGAAAAUAAAACCCAAGUCUUUGAAACCCAAAGAAGCUAGAAGGUUGAUAAGAAGGUUUCAUGUACUACAGAAGAAUAGAUAUUCCAUAGUCGCCAAGUUAAAUGAACUGUUAAACAUACCCGGAGAAAGAAUAUCGACAGAUACUUAUAAACAGCAGAUCAAGAAUAACUUUCCACUGUUUUUUGAAAAAUAUAACGAGAGAUAUAAGUCGUUUAAGGUUUCAUCCAAAUAUGCGGACAAUGACUUGAUUAGAAUUGAUGAACAAACUACUACAGAAAUGCUAAUUACAAAGUUAGCAGAAAUUGAUUCUGAAUCAGAUAAACGGGGAGGAAUUGAAGCAUAUCAAUCGGCAUCAACACAAGGGCAAAAUGGCAAGAGAGGUGGCGAUUCUCUGAAAAAAUUGGUUGAAUGGUUAAAAGAUGAGAAUCAUCUAUACAAUAACAAACUAGAUCAAGAGUUAAAUGCCUUGGAAAUAGGUUGUUUGAGCCCGAGUAAUCUAAUUUCUACUAGUGGAAUUUUCAAAGAAGUAGUUAGGAUUGAUUUAAAUUCACAAAAUCAUUUAAUCUUAGAGCAAGACUUUAUGAUGAGGCCAUUACCUAAAACGAACCUAGAAAAAUUCAAUAUGAUAUCGUGCUCUCUUGUGUUGAAUUUUGUACCAUCUCCAAGGGAACGGGGUGAUAUGUUGAGAAGAAUAACGCAAUUCUUGAAACCACCCAAAUCAUCAGAUUCGUUGAGUAGUUUGUUUCUAGUUCUUCCAUUACCUUGUAUUGAAAACUCAAGGUACUUUAAUAAUGAGAUUUUAAAUAAAAUAAUGUCGAGAUUGGGAUUCCACCAGAAAUGCUACUAUGCUGCUAAAAAAGUCGCAUAUUGGUUAUUUGAUUGGGAGGGUAAGGUAAAAAGAGGCGAGAAAAUUAAUAAACGAGAAGUAGCAGCUGGUGCAAAUAAAAAUAAUUUCUGUAUAACACUCGAAUAA